CGGUAGAAGAUCCGCGCGUCGCGUCUGCGGAGAAGGGAGCUGCGAGCUGUCCGGCGCCGGGGCCGACAGCCCAGAGGCCCGGGCAGUCGUCUCGCGGCCGGCUGAGUAGGGGGGUGCAACUAGGCUCGCCCACCUGACGUCUUGGGUCUGGUCCGGCCUGGCGCCGACGGAGAGUGAGCCGUGGAGUCGCAGAGGAGCGAGGCGCCGCGGCCUGAGUGACACCAAUGUGAAAGAGAAUGACAUUUGUAGGCAGAAGACUUAGUAUCAAACCCCUGCUCCUUCACUUACUAAUUUUGUGAUUUGGAAAUAUCUAUGCAAGAUGUGGAUGUUGAAGACAUGGUUAGUGCAAGCCACCUUUAUUUUUAUCACCACUGAAUCCAUAGGUAAACUUCUAGAUCCAUGUGGCCAUAUCUCCCCCGAGUCUCCAGUUAUACAGCUUGGUUCUAAUUUCACAGCAGUCUGUGUGCUAAAGGAAAAAUGUAUGGAUAAUUUUCAUGUAAAUGCUAAUUACAUUGUCUGGAAAAUAAACCAUUUUACUGUUCCUAAGGAACAGUAUACCAUCUUAAACAGGACAGCAUCCAGUGUCACCUUUACAAAUGUAACUGCAUUAAGUGUUCAGCUGACUUGCAACAUUCUUACAUUCGGACAGAUUGAACAGAAUGUUUAUGGAAUCACAGUAAUUUCAGGAUUGCCUCCAGAAAAACCAAAAAACUUGAAUUGCAUUGUGUAUGAGGGUAAGAAAAUGAUGUGUCAGUGGGAUCCUGGCAGGGAAACAUACCUAGAAACAAACUUCACUUUAAAAUCUGAAUGGGCAACAGAGAAGUUUGCUGAUUGCAAAACAAAGCGUGCCACGCCUACCACAUGCAUUGUUGAUUAUUCUCCUGUGUAUUUUGUCAACAUUGAAGUCUGGGUAGAAGCUGAGAAUGCCCUUGGGAAGGUUUCAUCAAAUCAUAUUAAUUUUGAUCCUGUAGAUAAAGUGAAGCCCAGUCCACCACGCAAUUUAUCAGUGAGCAAUUCAGAGGAAUUGUCCAGUAUCUUAAAGUUAUCAUGGAUCAAUCCAAAUAUUAAGAGUGUAAUAAGGCUGAAAUAUAACAUUCAGUAUCGGAUCAAAGAUGCCUCAACUUGGAACCAGAUUCCCCCUGAAGAUACAUCAACUACCAGAUCCUCAUUCACUGUCCAGGACCUUCAGCCUUUUACAGAGUAUGUAUUUAGGAUGCGCUGUAUGAAGGAAGAUGGUAAAGGAUUCUGGAGUGACUGGAGUGAAGAAGCAAGUGGGAUCACGUAUGAAGAUAGACCAUCCAAAGCACCAAGUUUCUGGUAUAAGGUAGAUCCAUCCCAUACUCAUGGCUAUCGAUCUGUACAACUCAUAUGGAAGACAUUACCUCCUUUUGAAGCCAACGGAAGGAUAUUGGAUUAUGAAGUGACCCUCACGAGAUGGAAAUCACGUUUACAAAAUUACACAGUUAAUGACACAAAACUGACAGUAAAUCUUACAAAUGAUCGUUAUAUAGCUACUCUAACAGCAAGAAAUCUGGUUGGCAAGUCAGAUCCAUCUGUUUUAACUAUCCCCGCCUGUGACUUUCAAGCUACUCGUCCUGUAGUGGAUCUUAAAGCAUUCCCAAAAGAUAACAGGCUUUGGGUAGAAUGGACUGCUCCAAAUGAAUCUGUAAGGAAAUACAUACUUGAGUGGUGUGUGUUAUCCGAUAAAUUGCCCUGUAUCCUGGACUGGCAACAAGAAGAUGGUACCACGCAUCUCACAUAUUUAAGAGGGAACCUUGCAGAGAGCAAAUGUUAUUUGAUAACAGUCACUCCAGUAUAUGCAGAUGGACCAGGAAGUCCAGAAUCUAUAAAGGCAUACCUUAAACAAGCACCACCUUCCCAAGGACCUAUGGUUCGGACAAAGAAAGUGGGGAAAAACGAAGCUGUCCUAGAGUGGGACCAACUUCCUGUUGAUGUUCAGAAUGGAUUUAUCAGAAAUUACACUAUAUUUUAUAAAACCAUCAUCGGAAAUGAGACUGCGGUGAAUGUGGAUUCUUCGCACACAGAAUAUACACUGUCCUCUUUGACUAGCGACACGUUGUACAUGGUACGAAUGGUAGCAUACACAGAUGAAGGCGGCAAGGAUGGUCCAGAAUUCACAUUUACUACACCAAAGUUUGCUCAAGGAGAAAUCGAAGCCAUAGUUGUGCCUGUUUGCUUAGCGUUCCUCUUGACAACUCUUCUGGGAGUGUUGUUCUGCUUUAAUAAAAGAGACCUCAUUAAAAAACACAUCUGGCCUAAUGUUCCAGAUCCUUCUAAGAGUCACAUUGCCCAGUGGUCACCUCCCACACCUCCAAGGCACAACUUUAAUUCAAAAGAUCAGAUGUAUUCAGAUGGCAAUUUCACUGAUGUAAGUGUUGUGGAGAUAGAACCCAAUGACAAAAAGCCUCUCCCAGACGAUCUGAAGUCCCUGGACCUGUUCAAGAAGGAGAAGAUGAGCACUGAAGGGCACAGCAGUGGUAUCGGGGGGUCUUCAUGCAUGUCGUCUUCGAGGCCGAGCAUUUCCAGCAGCGAUGACAAUGAGUGUGCACAGAAUACCUCCGGCACUGUCCAGUACUCCACCGUGGUGCACAGUGGCUACAGACACCAGGUCCCGUCCGUCCAAGUCUUCUCAAGAUCCGAAUCCACCCAGCCCUUGCUGGAUUCAGAAGAACGGCCGGAAGAGCUACAGUUAAUAGAUAAUGUAGAUAGUGGUGAGAACAUUUUGCCCAGGCAACAGUAUUUCAAACAGAACUGCAGCCACCAAGAAACCAGUCCAGAUAUUUCCCAGUUUGAAAGGUCAAAGCCUGUUUCAGCAGUCAGUGAGGAAGAUUUUAUUAGACACAGACAGCAGAUUUCGGAUAUGGUGCAGUCCUGUGGGUCUGGGCAAUUGAAAGGAUUUCAGGAAGUUUCUGCAGUGGAUGCUUUUGGUCCAGGUAUUGAGGGACAAGGAGAAAGAUUUGAAACCGUUGGGGUGGCAGCUGUGAUUGAUGAAGGAAUGCCUAAAAGUUACUUACCACAGACUGUACGACAAGGCGGCUACGUGCCUCAGUGAGAGACUCGUGCCCAUUACAGCUUCAGCAUACCUGUAAAGUACAUGUAAAGAUCGUUUAUCUGUGAUUUCAGAUAAAAAAUAAUCUUCGCUCCCUGAAGAUGAUCCUUUGCCCUUGAGGACAAAUCUUACAUGGGGCUAUUUCCAUUCCAGAAUAUCUGGAAUUCAACUUCAAGCACUACAUAAACUGACUUCAUCCUCUGAAUAGCUGAGUGACUUUGUACUGCUGUGGGAUGGUUGCACUGAAGAAAACCACAGCUUAUCUGAACUUUAUAAAGUCAAUGUAUGAAUGGUAAGCAGCGAUAAACUCCGCACAGCUGUACUGAUCUUGAUGCGAGUAGUCAACCAAGCGGCAUGGGCAUAGCUAAUACCAAAAACAGGAGGAGCAAGGUGUGCGCUCUACUGCAGCUGACAGCGUAAUUUAAGCAGAGGUCCACGGAGCAUAACUAUGAGCCCAGCUUUUGUUGUCCAGCAUUUAUAUUCAUAGCAACAUAGAAAAUAUUUGUCAGUUCUUUCAUAGGUAACGACACUGCCAGUUGUUACAAGAGGAAAGAAGUUGAGCUUUAACAUGGCAGAUUAAAAAUAGUUCAUUUUUAAUAUAUAAUCUGUUUGCUUUUUAUCAUUAACAACCUUUUUAUUUUUAAAGGUCCAGUUCACAAACUCAGUGAGUACCCUUGAAAAAGCUAGGAAUGAAUUUGGUUGACAAAGCACUUUAUACAAUGCCUUCAGCUUAAAAUGUGUUUUAAUUGAACUAAGCAUACUGAGGUUUAAAAUUUUUCUAGGUGUUUGAAGGAACUAAGUUAGGAGGACUUGGGGCAAUACUUGCCAAAACAAAAGAGAACCCCCAAAACUGUGAAUAUUGCUGAUAGCAAAAUCCUAAUUGUACAGACAUUUACAGAGAUGGCAUUUUAUUUAAUAUCUGCCAGUUCUGAGGGAGGAUGAAACCUAGUUCUACAUUGUGAUUUAAGAACAUUUUAAACCUCUUCCUGACAGUUCUCUUCUUCAGGGGAGAAGGCAGCCAGGCCUCCAGAGUCUAGUGCUAAAGCCUCUCACACACUUGGGCCCUCCCCUAACCACCACAUGUGACAGAGACAGGGGCUGAAUGAGUAGGAAGAAAUCGCCAUGUAGGGUUGUGGUAGAUUACUGCUAUCAAGUGAGGGUGGAGGAAGUGGGGUUGUUUUUCUGUUGUAUUUGAGGUUCAGAAACCAGGCAGACUUAAAAUAGUUUGUAGUGGUUAUAGGAGACUAAAGGCUAAGAGAAAUUGGUACACCUCUAUAAUUGAAAUAGAAUUCUGCUUUUUACAAAUAUGUUCAUAUUAGCCUUUCCGGUAUAUUUUAUCCUUUGUAUUCUUGCAAUUAUACAAUGUCUGAUACUUUGCCGAGUUCUUUCACAUGCAUGAUCCGCCUUGUGAUAGAGACCCAGUUUCCUGCUUUAGACAAAACCAACAGAAGUGAAGUAGAUGAAGAGAGAGAGGGGUCCACAGGGAUAGAGGUUGACUUAGGCCACAGGUAAUGGUAUUGACACCGUGUUAGUCGGUCUUCAAAGGCUGCCCCUGAUCGAGACCGAAUCUGCCUUGCUAUGUUUGUGUGUCUGGGAGGAAAUUUAGACUUAGGACGUUUUAUGUGUCUUCAAAAUAGGAAUCGUGUACUAGUAGCUGUGUUUUGAAGAACGUUGUUGUUUUUUGGAGGGCAAAAAUGGAACGCAUGAUCUAAAGAAAAGAGAAUAAAACAGACUUGCAUGUUGAAAACUGUAUAGAACAUGGGACAGUGAGAGAAUGCCCCCCGCCUCAAGAGCACUUUAACAUGUUAAGUGCAUUUAUGAUUGCUGUCAAAAGUUCAUUCAGGAAACGAAUAUACAUCUGAGCACUAAUAUGUUACGUACAUCUCUGCCCUCAGAAAAGCAGUCCAAAUGUUUUAAAUACGAAAUUACUUUCCUAGAAUUACUUGUCCUAGAAUAAUCUGUUCUGAUGCACGUAUAUUGCAUUUUACAUGGGCAGAGAAAGAAAUUGAUUACGGAAAAAACAGCCUGAAAGCUAGGGAAUUUAAUAGUUUAAGAUCUCUAAUGUCUAAAAAUGUUUAAGGUAAUGCCAGUACUUCAGAAAAUAGCCUCUUUGUAGACAAAAGCAAUUCACUGCUUCUAAUGCAGCUGCUGCCCCCUUUAAGAAAAAUAAAGACCCAGUAUGUUAGUAGGUGUUGCUAUUGCAAUUUGACUGUCCGUCAUUUUCCUCUCUCAAAGGCAUAAUGCUAACUGAGAAAACUAUAAAUCAUAAAGCUUUAUACUCCUUAAGAUCUAGAAUUUUAAUCCUUUUUUUAGCUUGGAUGAGUUAGCACUCAAGAACACCCAACAUUUGAGCAGAAGGAAAAAAACCAAAUCAUUCAUGUGUUUAAUAUUCAUGUCUCUUUCCUACCUAGUUGUUCACUUAAUAGUAACCUGAUUCCUUGAUAAGGGCAUGAAACUAGCCAGUGACCCUAGCUCUUACUACAAAGUUAAAGGAUAAUAAAGUUGAAAUAUGCUUAUAAAAAUUUAUUAAAACUCUUAAGGAGAACAUGUAAUUUUAGGAAUAGAAAUCAAAGUUUUAAAGAUGUCUUUUCUAUCCAAUUAGCUAGUUAAAACCAUGGCAAAAAUAUAGGAGUAUAAGGCUCUUAGGUAAUUCCCAAAAAUAUUUGUUUACUGGCAUAUAAUGACCAAGUAAUUUCACAAUGGAGAAUAUUACAUUCUCCUGGUUUUGUUCAUUUGGCAUUAAGACCAAAUUUCUAAACCAUGUACUUCUGUGUCAAUAAAAUAAGCUGCAUAAAACUUUAAGUUCAAGAAAAUUAUUGGAAUAGCUUUCCAGUGUAGGUACCAUGUUAGAUUGUAGUGCCCAGGUAGGAUAACUGUAGAAAUUUUUGUACUUUUUGGUAAAUUAAAAUGAGCUAUAAAAUGGCCAGGUAUUUAGCGUUAACCUAAAAUUAAGCAUUGUCCUAGAUGACAGUAAAGAUAUAAGCUAACAAACCUACACCCUAAUUCUUCUUGGGACUGACCUUGCCUGCAGUUCCUUUUAAGACUGCUUAUAAACGGGAUUCAGAUGUAAGUCCAGACAGAACUGUCCAAAGCCAAAUGUCUUUGGAUUUAGUCUAUUUUUCCAUCAUAAAUGCUACUAGCAAGUGCAUUAGCAUGAUCUUCUGGUGAAUGUUGUAUUAAAAUUAAAAGGUGGCAACUCAGGGUGUGCUACUAACAUUAUAGUCAUUUGUUCCUAAAUUCUAAGGUUUUUUUUUUUUUUUUCUGCUGCUACUGUCAGUAUUUCCCUCCAACGUGGUAGUUUCAUUUCAUUAACUGGCUGCGCUUUAAAGUUAAUGGAUCAUAAUGGAAAGUGCAGUUAAGGCCAGUGGUGAUAAAUGUUCCAGAUUUUUUAUCCCUUGAAUAUAGGUUUUGCACAGUAACUACAGGUUUCCAAUGUUGGUACAAUACCACCAAACUGUGAUGUCUAAGCAAAGGGAUAUUUUAAAAGUUAUAUUUGAAAAUUCUUUAGUCUUAAUGUACAUGUUUUUUGAAUAUGCUCUAAAAAUAAGUGCAAUUUGCUAGCAUGACAAUGCAGUGAUAAGCAUUAUCUAUGUCUCCUUUUUAUAUCCUGACUAGCUCCCAUUUAUGUGUAAACACAAUCCUUUCUUGUUCCUUUGUUUUUACCCCACCUCAUCUAACUUCAUUUGGAAAGCUUGUCUGUCUGUCCUAUGUACUUUUAUCUUUGCAGUGAAUCGCAUGUGCUAAUUGUAACCAGCUAUUGUUUUGUUGACAAGACUCUAAGUGUUACAUAAACUGUCUAUAUAUCAGGUCUAAUUCUGUGAGAAAUAAAUUUCUGUUCAGUUUGUU